UUGUUUGGUUACCACAUCCUGAUUUGAUGCUCACGCCGGAUAACUACGCACAAUGUCGAUAGCCGCGAUUUACGACGCAUCGCGAUCGUCCCAACGAGAUAAAAUAAAUCCUGCAGCGCAACUCGAAUGCUGCCGCCUCCGUCGACCACUAUUUAUGCGUUGCACAUAAUAAUGAGAAAGCAACGAUUUGGAUUUUCUUCAAGUCAUCCACAUAAAGUUUUGAUUUGUAACGAAUCAAAACAUAAAAUUUAACAAAUUUAAAAAUUACGCUAUUUAACAAUUACUAUUCAUCGUUAUUACUUGUCAACCAUGCUGUUUCUAUUGCUAAUUGCGGAAUUGAUCCUUCCAUCAACGUUACAAGGACCAGUCGACGCAUCGUCCAGCCAGUCUGGCAGCGAAGCAAAUCCAAAUUUCGCCGGUCCAAUUGAGAACGUGACCGUCGCCGUCGGCCGAGAGGCGGUACUCAGUUGCAUCGUAUCCGAGCUGGGGCAAUAUAAGGUUGGUUGGAUGAAGGCUGACGAUCAAACGAUCCUGAGCUUGCACACUCGAGUGAUCACACACAAUCCAAGGAUAUCCGUCACGCACGACGACCAGCUGAAGACAUGGCAGCUGCGCAUCCGCCAACUGAAGGAGUCCGACGGCGGUUGCUACAUGUGUCAAAUCAACACAGGCGCUAUGAAGAAAACCAUCGGCUGCAUCGACGUUCAAGUGCCGCCGGAUAUCGACGACGAGACGACCAGCGCCGACAUGACGAUACCGGAAGGAGACAACGUCACGCUGAUCUGUCGCGCCACCGGUCACCCACCGCCGAGGAUCCUGUGGCGCCGAGAGGACUCGGGACGCAUCGCGGCAAGCGGAGGCGGCGAUGUCGCAGCGGCGGACACGUUCAGCGGCUCGACGCUCCAACUCGUCCGCGCCGAUCGUCGUCAGAUGGGCGCAUACUUGUGCAUCGCCAGCAACGAUGUCCCGCCGGCGGUUAGCAAACGCAUCACGCUCAACAUCAACUUCCCGCCGAGCAUACAAGUGAUGAAGCCUCUGGUUGGAGCUGCCAUCGGCACCAACGCAAAGCUGAAGUGCGACGUCGAGGCGUUUCCCACUGCGAUCAAUUACUGGAUCAAGGAUAACGAUGCCAACGUUCUAAACAGCCAAAAACACAUGGUACAAGAAAAACGCAUCUCCGGAACCAACAAAGUGACAAUGAUGUUGAUUAUUCAGAAUGUAGAAGAGUCCGAUUACGGCACUUACAAAUGCUAUGCUUCUAACCAGAUGGGGAAAGCAGAUGGCGCCGUCAGAUUGUUUGAGGUGAAAAUACCGACGACGACCACGACAACCACAACCACGACGACUACGACGACGCCGCGGCCUUCCACCACAACCAGCACAGAGUUAUCCACAAAAAUAAACUUAUUUGGCAGCAGCAACGCUCGUGAUGCGAUAAAAGUGCAUCAUCACAAUCGACAACAGGCGAUCGAGGAGGACCCCGUCGAGAAUUGGUUGUUUCCCAGCGUGGCACCGGCGCCACUCGAAUUGGAGACGAUCUCGGCGUCGGGCGGCGCGGAGGCGGCAGCAGCCGCCGUCGUCCACCGUCUGCUGCUUGCCGCAUCGAUGAUUAUUAUCGCUCGGUGACAACUAACACAACAUAACUUUUAAACGCUUACGACGGGGAUGAUAGAGUAUGAUAAAGAAGAUACGGAUGGGUGAAAAUGUGAAAUUGUGAACACGGGAACGAACAAGUGCGUUGAGUUGAAUCAAAAAAAGACGUGAAGUAAAAGAGAAAUGUGCCAGGUGCAAAAAAUGGAUACGAGUGAAAGAGGUGUUGAUAAAUCUUAAUUUUAUAUUCUGUUGACUGGUUUGGAAGGCCUGCAGUUUUACUAACCCCACACUCACACACAAACAAACACACAUUACUCGUAAGUAAUAAAUAUUGUAUGUAUCGUAGACAUAUCCAAAAACUAAAUCCCGGACGAGAGUUAUCGAACAGUUUUGGAACUCAAGUCAAUAAUAAAUCAUUUAUAGGUUACAUCCACAGAGAUUAAUAUAACAUUCCUUUUCCUAAGUUAAUUUGGAAUAUUCGGAUACUUUGUUAAUUUUAUUUGACAAAAAUAAUAUGUAAAUUCUUAAUUGGAAUUAAAUAUUAUAAAACGAAACCAUAGUCAUAGACAAAUAGUACCUGAGUUUAUUAAUUAUUUUUCUAAAUUUGUCACAAAAAGUUCAAAUUUUCAAAAAUAAAUUUCUUAUUUUUUUUAUUUUAAGAUAGAUACACACUAUUAAUAUUCCAUUAAGACACUUUUUAAUUAAAUAUUACCUAUGAAAUGAAACGAAUAUGUACAUAAACGAAAUGUUUGAUAAGCGCCGAUGUUUUCCUACUAAGACGAUUGUUUAAGAUUUACAAAAAAUAUGUCGAUGCAUGAUACGCUAAUUGAUAAAACUAAGUAUCCUGUGUCAUAAUUGUACAUACUAGCAACUAAUAGAAUCGUACUCUUAAUGAAGCAUAAUUUAACCUGAAAUGUUAAAAGCCUAAACAAAUGUUAAAACACAAACACGCUGGAAACCGUUAGAUGUACGUCAACUGUUACAUCCUUAAUAAACGUUCCAAAAAAUGAUUGUAAAAGAAACUAUACAACGUCCAAAACUAUGUAAAAUUAAUACAUAAUUCAUAAUUUGUUAUUAUUUCAAGUUAUUUCGAUAUGCCGGACGUUGUUGGCAUGAUAUAACAUGUCAACCGGUGAUUAUCACAGCGAAAUGUUUCUUUUGAAGGACAAAUAAAUCAAUGUUAAACUUG